CCUCCCCAAUUUUCAAAGAGAGAAACAAUUCCCUUACGUCUUCCCUUGAAAAAAACCCUAAAAAGAUCUAUCUCAUACAGCAAUCAUCUUCACUUCCCUGGGAAAGAUCCCCAGAAAUCUACCGCUUGUACUCUUUUGUGUCCAUCUGUCUUUAUCUUUUCUUUGAAAUACCAUGGAUGAUAGUUGUGCCGUUUGUGCAGAAUCCCUAGAAUGGGUAGCGUAUGGACCAUGUGGUCAUCGUGAAGUAUGUUCAACUUGUGUUUCUCGUCUCAGAUUCAUCUGUGAAGAUAAGAGAUGUUGCAUCUGUAAAACUGAAUCUGAUAUCGUCUUUGUCACCAAGGCAUUGGGAGAUUAUACCAAGGUAAUAUCCGAUUUUAAGGUAUUUCCAUUGGAUCCGAGGGAAGGAAAGGUAGGGAAUUAUUGGUAUCAUGAAGAUUUGGGAGCUUAUUUUGAUGAUUCAGAUCAUUAUAAGAUGGUCAAAGCUAUGUGUAGACUUUCUUGUAGUGUUUGUGAUAAUGUGGAGGAACAAAAUAAUGGACCUCCCAAAAGGAAAGCGAGAUUCCGAAACAUUGAUCAGCUGAAAAGUCAUUUAUAUCACCAGCAUAAGUUAUUAAUGUGUAACCUGUGUUUAGAAGGAAGAAAGAUAUUUAUGUGUGAACAGAAGUUAUAUACCAGAGCACAGUUGAAUCAGCAUAUAAACACUGGAGAUUCAGAGGUUGAUGGCAGUGAGAGCGAAAGAGGUGGUUUUAUGGGGCAUCCUGCAUGUGAGUUUUGCAAGAGACCAUUUUAUGGGGAUAAUGAGUUGUAUACACACAUGUCUCAAGAACACUUCACUUGUCACAUAUGUAAAAGGCAACAUCCAGCACAGUUUGAUUAUUUUAAAGACUAUGAUGAUUUGGAGAUUCAUUUCCGUCAACAACAUUUUCUGUGUGAGGAUGAUGCUUGUCUUGCUAAAAAGUUCGUCGUAUUUCAAUCAGAAUCUGAAAUGAAGAGGCAUAAUGCGACAGAUCACGGAGGGAACAUGUCUCGUGCUAAGCGUAAUGCUGCGCUACAGAUACCAACUAGUUUUAGAUAUCGCCUCAGAAGUAAUGAACAAGAUUAUCGUCUGGGAAGAGGGCGAGGGCGUGAUUCUCACUCUGAUUCUCCAGCAGAUCAACUUGCAAUGGCUAUUCAAGCCAGUAUAGAGUCAGCAAAUUCAGACAGUAGCACAGCGAGGGACAUACCCCCCGGUACACAAGUAACUCGUGAUCCUGGAGGAACAAGUGAGAUUGAUGACAUUAUUCCUCCCAUGGAAUCAUUAUCUACUUCAGAUUCUGAGCUGUCAUCGAGAUACUACCAGGCAGUUAGUCAAACAACUAGGAAUGGGUCUUUGGCGGAAUCAGCCUUCCCUCCACUCGCUGGGGGUUCCAGUACCUCGCAGCAGAAUUCUUCUGAACAAGGAGGCACGAAUACCAUGGCUUCACGACUCCGUUCCUCUGGCGUUAAUGUUAUAAACCAGGGUCAGCCUCGGCCAUUAACAAAAGGCCGUGGGGCUACUAUAUGGACCUUUCCCUCAUUGCCAUCAUCUAGUUCUGCCAGUUCGUCGCGGCCUAUCGGAGCUACUUCUAAUGUGCCCUACAAUUCUUCCGUUCCUAAAGCAGCUACCUCUAAUGUGCCUUCUCCAAGUUAUGUAAAAUCUACUCAAGUAAGGCCUGACGCAAUUCCUGGACUUGCAUCAUCAGCUAGUUCUGGAAGUUCCCGGAGUACAAUUAAUAACAAGUCUUCUCAAGUAAGGCCUGACACAGUUCCUGGACUUGCAUCAUCAGCUAGUUCUGGAAGUUCGUGGAAUACAAGUAAUAACAAGUCUACUCAAGCUAGGCCUGACACAAUCCCUGGGCUUGCAUCAUCAGCUAGUUCUGGAAGUCCCUGGAAUACAAGUAAUAACAAGUCUAGGGUUACUCACUCCACUUCUGCUCCUAAUUUAGUGGAGAGAGGUGGAUCUUCGGAUUCACCUUUGUCCGACUACCCUCCUGUUUUGGCAACAAGGAAGAGCAAUGGUGUAUCCAUAAGUAAACAUGUGCCGAAGUUAGAAGAUGAUUUUCCUCCAGUUUCUGCAACAGUGAGGAGCAAGGUUACCAUCAGUAAAGAACCUUUGGAGAAGGUAGAAGACUUGCAGAUGGCAAACAAGACACUGGUAGAAAGAAUACGUUCUGCUCUAGACAAUGAUGAAGAAAGAUAUUCUUCUUUUAAGGAAAUGUCGGGGGAGUUCAGGCAGGGUGUAAUUGGUACACGUGAAUAUCUAUCCUAUGUUCAGCAGUUUGGCCUAACACAUCUUGUUCUUGAGCUAGCAAGAUUAUGUCCUGAUACUCAGAAGCAGAGGGAGCUAAUUGAAAACUACAAUGCCAUUGUGCUUCAGUCAAGAGCAAGUAGUAAUAAUAGUUCCAACAAGGGUAAAGGGAAGAAGAAACUCGCAGAAGAACCAGAUAAUUCAUUAGCAAAUAAUGUCAUCAGUAGUGUAAGAAAACUGCAUGCAAAUUAUAAACCAUCAGAAGAAGAUGUGGAAGUAUUAUCUAAGGAUGGCUACCGUACUUCCAAAGGGAAAUCCGUUGCUGAAGAGAUACUAGGAUCUAGUAGUGCCAACCCACAACCACUUGAUUAUUCUGGGGGAAGCGUCUCCAAAAAUUCAGGUGCUGGCAAGGGAGGUUCAAGUAAGGAGAAAAAGAAGAAGAUACCAAAGUUCCAAAGAGUGCGACUGGGUGAAGCAGCAUCUUUAGACCUCAAUCCUGAACCUGAAGAAGAUACACCAGACUCGUUGGAUGGGGUUGCAGUACGUGGGGCCUGGCGGAAUGGUGGAGGUCAGAAACUUGUGGCGUUGACACAAAGAGGUAAACAAAAAUAAGCUAAUUUUUUUGGCGAAAAUAAAUACUUUUUGUGAUUGCAGUCUUGCAGCCUCAAGUUGAUCUUUUUUUUUUUUGUCACGAUGGGGCUGUAGAGUUACUGUACCUGAAACACAAUUAAAAAGGACUGGUUGUCUUUGCCAACGUACAGCUAGUAGUUAGGAUGGGUUAUUGUUAUAAAUCGAAGGUGUUUCUUGGCUCUGUAGCUUGUACUUGCUACUGAGAGACGAUUAGCUGAAGGGAAAAUGUUGAUGAAAUUAGUGGGUUUUUUGGUUUUUUUAUAUUUAUCUUUUAUGUUGUUUAUAUUUUGGGUUUAAUUUUGUUACAUACAAACAGUGCGGAAAGAGCCUGAUUAAAAAUGGGAAACCCAGAUUUUUAGGUGUCAA